AGUCAACCAACGGUUUUCAUUCAUUCGUACACAGAGUUAGAUGAUUGACUGCUCGAUCGCUCGAUAGAGACAUGCAGUGAAGUGACUGACACAGAAAAACCGCUCAUCUCUCGACUGCGUCCAAAGAAACUCACUCACUCCCACCCGCCCACUCUGAGUCGCUCACUCCCACCAUCCAUCGAUCCAUCCACAAAACAGAAGUGAGUGCUAGCGCUACAUACACACACAGACUCGGGAUGCCCCACUACUUACUCUCUGCACAUGAAGAUGCACCUGUCUCCUACGCGCCGGCUGCAAUCUGCUCGUUGAUGAGUCUCUCGAGCUCUUCGGGCGCGAUCUGCCUCUCCUGACCCGCAAAGGGGUUGUCGGGAGUCAAGAACAACAUGCCUGCACAGCACAGACAAUACACAACACACAUACAGCACAACACAACACAACACAACACACACGGUCGCACACACCCAUUUGCACUGUGUGUGCAUGUGAGUGCGUUUGUGUAGUCAGUCAGCUCACAGUGGCACUCUUUCCGUUCUUGCAUGGGUACACACGGGCAGUUCCAGUAGGCCGUCUUGACCUCCAGCGCCCUGCACACACACAGACAGACAGACAGACAGACAGACAGCAGACACAGAUGUAUGCACCCACACUCAUGCAUUCAUACAAGCCACCCAUCAUCCUUGGGCAUCACUGACUGACUUGUCUUCAUAGUGUCUGCAUGGGCACAGCGGGGCGCCGUAGUGCGUCUUGUGGUCGGCCAAUCCCUUCAGCACCGUCGCCGUGAUGGACAGAUCUGCAACGCAUGGAUGCCAAUCCAGCCAUCCCUCUAUGUCUGUGUGCACGCCUCAGGCUCUGACUGACGUGCCUACCAGAGCAAAACCGGGUGUCGCUGACCCGCGCAUACUGUUCUGAGAACUUGCGAAUCGCCUCAAGAUUCUUGCGGCUGAUCUCCUGCACACACAGACAAGCAGCAGCAAGGACACAUUAAUUCACACAGAUCUGAGUGAGUGACUGACUAGCCAUCCACACACCACCGAGCAGGCAGACACGCGCACUCAUUCAUACCUGUGCAUUGACGUCCUCUUCCUUGGCUGGCGCCAUUCGCAUGGCCGAGGAUGGCCUCAGCCUGCUGCGCAAGAGAGGGACCGAUGACUGCACGAAAGCUGCUGCACCACACACACACACCCCUACCUGUGUUGCAGGCACAAAUGUGACUGAUGGCAAUUCCAGAAUCAUGCCUGCGUGUGGUCUCCGUGUGGGCGCCAGCAGGGCAUCGCCACGUGAGCACACCAUGACGCACGAGACAACCAGCAGACACCACUUCAUGACCUGAAGGGCCGCCGCAAAAAAAAUAAUGCAGACACAGCAGUGUGUCGCUCACGGUUCCUCCAUGCACUCUGCUUACCGUUGUUCGUCUUCCUCUCUCACAG